AUGUGGCGCUCGCCGGUCUUGCUGAGCAGGUCCAAGUGGAAAGUGCCGUACUUUGUCCCCUUCCCCGGCCUCGCCGAAGCCAUCAAGACCAACUCGCCGAUCCGUACAACUGCUCGCAACUGCACCAUCAUGCCGUUCCACGUCGGAGCGACAUUCCUCGUCCACAACGGCAAGGACUACAUCCCGCUCCAUGUUACCCCGGCACACGUCGGCCACAAGCUCGGCGAGUUCGCCCACAGCAAGAAGCCCGCGCGGCAUACGCCUAGCAAAGGACGGUAG